CCGGCUCAUGAAAAUACCAAUAAGGCAUUCGUGUUUAUGGUUUCUUGCAUGAACUUCUGUUUAUGUAACUGGUCUUACUAGCAGCGCGACUGCUGCGAGCCUCGAACCGGCGUCUGUUUAGGGUCCGUGUGCGGUGACGAUCUCUCUGUGGUCGAUCACAGCGAAAACUUUCUGAUUGAUUGAUUGUUUCUGUCUUUCAUCAGUGAGCGAAAUAGUUAUACUUCAUCAGAUCACUAAUUUUAUGCAUACAUAAAUAGAAUAACAGCGAAAUAAAAGCACACCUUAGGAUUGCUAGGAAAUGUUUUUUUUACCUAAGGAUCUAUCCAUCAGUAUAUUAUGCCUUCACUGUUAGUAAACAUUGUGACGCGUUUUUGUGGGCGGAGCUUAGGUGGAGGCAGGAAUAUCCCCCUGACUGGAUGACUAAUGCUAGGCAGCAGCAGCACGUUUUUUGCUUGCUUUUCGACAAUGACUUAAAACAAAUUUGAACAUGUAAGGUCAUUUACUGUCUAGGAGCACGAUUGUUUUUGAAAAGGUUAACUUUAACGCCAUGAACGUGGCAGACCUCUCCGCGCUCACUCAGUAGAUCCAGAGACGAACUGACAGGAUGACCUCCAGUUAAGUGUCCUGACAUCUACACCCACCAGACACAUAAACCAAGUGUGUAUUUUAAAGAUAAACUGAGAGCAUAUACGUGUGCUAACACAGGCAAACGUGAGUAAAUGAAUUUACUUCAACACAAACCUGACACAUAGCCUAUCUUGAGCCUUCUCACUGUUCUCUCUCCCUUUAACUAAUGCACCUGUGACAACUAAAGAAGAGAUGACAAACACUUUCUUUUAUGUUUAGUUUCUUGCCGACAGUUAACUGAUGGUUGUAUAACUAACAAAGUUAGCGAGCAUAACCUAUGUGUUCAAAAGUUAACGUUACGUGAAAAAUAACUUGUUCACCCGUUUCUGAUUUGGGCGUACGUGAGAUAUUUUUAGACCCAAAUAAUAAUCCACACGAACUAAAGACCGUAGUUUUCUUAUCUUAAGUGUUAUGCGAGCAUUAUUGGUGAUCGGUUCUGUUCAGUCCGCUCGUUUUAUUGUGUUUAUCUACAGCUGUCGGUGUUUUUGUUUGGCAAUUGCAGCAUGUAUGUGUUAGAAUAUCAAACUGGAGUAUUUUGUCGAUUGUGCCACUAAACAACACAACAAGAUGAUAUUUUAAACCGAAUCUUUGCUGGUUUGUAUUGGCCGCCUCCAGUUUCUGUUUGUUUCGCCUCCAGCUCAUGACGUAAGCGUGACGCGGCACAAAAGGCGUCUAUAAUGAUAACUGUAAUUAACAAUAACUGAAACUAUAACUAUAUUUUCGUCCACACGAUAACAAAAACGUUUUGUUUAUUGUAAGCAUGUACGCUGUAGUUUUCAGUCACUUAAAUAAAUGUAGAUGACCUUCUGCUGAUGCUUUCGUCUUUAUUUCUCCAAAAUACUGACAUAAUGAUUAUGUUCAUGUAAAAGAUAAUGAUAGAAAUGAUCCCAUUAAAUUACACAACAAAUAUAUCAUUUACAUUUAGUCAUUUAUCAGACGCUUUUAUCCAAAGUGACUUACAGGUGGGGUAUAUCAAAUAUCAACAUAAUCACAUAACCUGCUGCUUUACAUUCUCUGAUCUGACACGCACACACACACAAAUGCAAGCAAACACACACACAGAUCUACAGGGUUCCAUACUGCUCAGGAAACACACAGUGCCAACUUCCUGUACAAGAAAUACAGCAGCCGCUCUCUCAGUCAGAGAUCAGGAGACAACCCCACACACACACACAUGAAAUGAACUGUGUUUCUCUAAUGGUGAUUGAUUGAGUUUUGUUUUAUUUAUGUGGUAUUGGAAGCUAAAUAUGUCAAACGUCACUUUGGUAAAUAAUGUUACUAAAUGUUUAUUUUAUUGUGUAGUGUCUAUAACUAGCUAGAUACGUCCUAUAAAUAGAUAACUGUGUGUGUCGGGGUUGGGUGUUGAAAAAAGGUCAGUGGAAAUCUGUCACAUCAUAAUAAUGUGUGACACAUGAGGCUGUAUGUUUGUGCAGGUCUGUUCUCGUCCGCUGUGAACACAUUAACACAUUCAUUUAUAAUAAUCAGAGAUGUCGGAUCAGUUACUGUGAAUGUGUGAGAGAACUUUAUUGUGUUUUUGAGGGGAAUGUUCAUAUGCUUUUGUUUGUCAAGAAAUGACAUGUAUAGGUCGUACAAGAGGCACAGAUGUUUGUUUAGAAUUCCAUAUGUUGAGUCAUCAUGUGUCCUGUAUGAUAAUAACAGAUCAUAAAUAUAGCUGCAAGCAGCAAUUGCGGGGUAAAGCCCAACCACGGCCCAAAGGGAAGUCUUUUGGAUAUGUAAGAUGAUCAGAUUUGGAAAACCAAAUUUAAAAACACAGGGAAAAGUGGUUACAACACAAGAAAAUUGCUUAUAACCUUUGACCAAUACUUGGCGCUGUCGCCAAAAUUGAGGCAGAGAAGAUGUGCCUGUGAUUAUGCAUACCAAGUUUUGGGUCAACUCAAAAAAGUGUCCUGACAAGCUUAAGAUCCUGAUGCUACAUAACAAAUUUCGUCCAAAUCUGAUACAUUUUGUAGAAGGAGUUCGAAAAAACAUUUUUUCUAUAUAAUUCAAUGUGGCCGACAGGAAUUAUGGUGGAAUAUGGCAACUCUGAUAUCAAACAACUCGGCAUGAGCCAACAAAUAUACUAAUGUGAAUUGAAUACCAUUAUGUUGAUUUAUUCAUAUGUUAUAAGUAACGUUAUAUCUCCUAUAACUUUACCUUAUAUUCAUUAUUGCGUUUGUAAAAUGCAUAAUUUUAUGACAAAAUUCAAAAUGAUCUAACCCUAACCCCACCCACAAUGGACGAAUAUGAACAUUGGGUAUGGUUUGACUCGCCAUGAAUCAAACAAGACCACUCUUAUGAUUUUACACCAAAGUUUACCAAGGAUUUAAACAAACCGUAAAGGAGGUUUUGAGAUGAAUUCAAAAUUGCGGGACAUUUUUUACGAUGGAAAAUUACGUCAUAUACUGUAUUUGAAUAGACGUGAGCCAUCUAUUUGUGUGUGUGUCUGUUUGUGUGUGGGGCCUUUGAUCUGCUCCGAUACACUGAAACACAUCUCCAGCAGUGUGUCACAGCAGAGGUCAUGUGCUGUCUGCCUCCCUUUCAUGUGUGUGCGUGUGUGUGUCUGUGUGUGCGUGUGUGUUCAAUCAGGACUGAAUGCUUUGGAAACAAGAACUAAAUCUGCCAAAAUGUCCUUUAAUGAAAUUGAGUACUCUAUAAAGUUAAUCAUGUACCAACGGCAAGAGUUUUCUUCUUUGCUAUGGUUUGUGUGUGUGUAGUCUUGAUACACACACAAAUAAUAAUUAAAGUGUGUGUGUAAAUAUAUAAUUGAGCAAAUGAGCAGCAAUCAUUCUCUGAACAUCUCGUUCUCCCUAGAAUAGUCACUAGGUUUCGUGUCAUUCUUCUGUGUGGUUUUUGUGAGUUGUGUUGUUGUUGGAUGGAUGUUUAAGUGCAGUGUGUUGUUUAGAUGGAGGUGUGUGUGUGAUUUGUAUGACACCGUGUUCAUGUGUCAUUGGCUGCCAUCAGAACUGCUGUGUGUCGGAGGAAUCAUACACCCCAGUCCCCACUCCUGCCCCUUCUGCCCCAGGGUCCUCUGAUACCUCCAGCACUCUUUCUCUGAAGAGCACGCCAUCCUCACGUUUGUCUUUUCAUUCCUCAUCCUCCUCAUGUAAGUGACAGUUAGUGUGUCAUCAUGUUGAUGUAUAAAAUGCAGGCCAGUUUUUUCCAGAAAUAUUCCAGUAAAACAUUUCAUAAAAAUUGACAGAAACUCAGCAGUUUUUAAACGUGACCUGAUUAAAGACACAACAUUAUCACUUUUUAGCACAAAAGCAUCUAAAACCCACCUGCACAGUGACUUAUUUUGUCUGCUUGUGUGCUUCCAACAAUGUUUGAAUUGAGUUGAAAUUCGCAAAUUUAAGCAGCGUAACGUGUGUCAAUGGUACAUUAUCCUCGCUGUCUGGUAUUACUGUCACACAAAUCACAAGUGUGUUUGACUUGAUGUGGAAAUGGGCAUCACAACAUUGAAACAGCAAUUCAACUGCGGUACUCUUGCAAUACUCUGAUGUGUUUAAAGCUGCUUUGCAACAAUGAAAAUUGGAAGUGAAUACACCAAACAAUUUCCACAUCCCAUAAUAAAACAGUGAAUGACAUGAUGACAUGUAUUGUUAGCGUCUAGCACUGAACUCUCUUGUAGUUUCCUUGAGGUCACUCUGUUGGCUAUACUGUAUGUAACUGGUAUAAAACUUUCUCAUUUGUGAGUCCUGUCAGAUUGAUUUCCAUCAGCGGUGGAGCUCCAAAGAAGAAUAGAAAUGUGAAUUGUGAUUGUUGGUGGUGGAUGCUGGAGGUGUGUCUUCUGCGCAUGUUCUUCACUUCUACACAAACCUGAUGUCAGGAAGGGAGGAUGAUGAUGGGGCUUUAUGCGUUUCUCUGUAAGCUUUGGACCGAAGUGAAGGUGAAGACAGAGCGCGAGAUGAUGAAGAUUGACUGAAUGAGUCUAACACAGUCUGGCUCAGAAUCUUCAAGAAGUCCAGAUGGAGCAUGCGGAUGUGGAGAGCAGCAUCACGGUCAGACAGCCCAAGCUGCCCAAGCAGGCGCGAGACGACUUCUCCACAGCAGCGCAGGAGAAAGAGCGCGCCAAGCGGAAGGUCCAGAGGUACGUUCGGAAAGACGGAAAGUGCAACGUGCACCACGGAAACGUGCGUGAGACGUACCGCUACCUGACGGACAUCUUCACCACGCUGGUGGACCUCAAGUGGAGGUUCAACCUCUUCAUCUUCGUGCUGGUGUACACGGUGACGUGGCUCUUCUUCGGCUUCAUGUGGUGGUUGAUCGCAUACGUGCGGGGCGACCUGGACCACAUCGGGGACAACCAGUGGACGCCAUGCGUCAACAACCUCAAUGGCUUCGUGACGGCGUUCUUGUUCUCCAUCGAGACGGAGACGACCAUCGGCUACGGCCACAGGGUGAUCACUGACAAGUGUCCGGAGGGCAUCCUGCUGCUGCUGGUGCAGUCUGUGCUGGGCUCCAUCGUCAACGCCUUCAUGGUGGGCUGCAUGUUCGUGAAGAUCUCGCAGCCUAAGAAGCGCGCCGAGACUCUGGUGUUCUCCACCAAUGCUGUCAUUUCCGUGCGUGAUGGACGACUGUGUCUGAUGUUCCGCGUCGGGGACCUUCGGAACUCGCACAUCGUGGAGGCGUCCAUCAGGGCCAAGCUGAUCAAGUCUAAACAGACCAAAGAGGGAGAGUUCAUCCCUCUGAAUCAAACGGACAUGAAUGUGGGCUACGACACCGGCGACGACCGCCUCUUCUUGGUGUCUCCGCUCAUCAUCUGCCACGAGAUCAACCAGCACAGUCCCUUCUGGGAGAUCUCCAAAGAACACCUGGCCCAUGAGGAGCUGGAGAUAGUGGUCAUCCUGGAGGGCAUGGUCGAAGCAACAGGGAUGACGUGUCAAGCGCGCAGCUCGUACGUGGCCAGCGAGAUCAAGUGGGGUUACCGCUUCACCCCUGUCCUGACCCUGGAAGACGGUUUUUAUGAAGUCGACUACAACAGCUUCCACGACAUUUAUGAAACCAACACGCCCAGCUGCAGCGCUCGAGAGCUGACCGAAAUGAUGGCGCGCUCGCGCCUGCCGCUCACCUGGUCGGUGCCAAGCAAACUGAGUCAACAGGGCACGCUGGACUCACAGGACGACGCUCACGAGAAGAGACCCGACACAGACGAGCUGACGGAGAGAAACGGAGACAUCGCCAAUAUGGAGAGCGAGUCAAAGGUGUAGGACGAAACGCGUACGUCACCCUCUCCCCUGCGUCUGCAGAUGUUAGGCUGAGGUCAGAGGUCAGCUCAGGAAAGCGGCGGCCACAAGGUCACGAGCGCCCCCUUAUCUCACGCGCCUCUUUCUCACCUCAAAGACUGCGGCGGUGUGUGGAUGGAUGAACUGCAUGGUUUUCAAAAAGAUUUUGUUUUGUAAAGAUGAGAAAUGAUAUUUUCGGAUUUGUAAUUCAAAGAUUAAAGUCUAUAUAUGAAUAUAUAUAUAUAUAUAUAUAUAGAUCUAUUCUAGGGCAUUUGUAUUUUUUGUAUAUAUAUAUUUGAAUAUUGGUUUGCGCUGUGUGAUUAUUUGACCGGAGGUUGUUUGAUAUGACACUUGACCGAAAUUGUACGUCUGUAUAUUCUGAAACUCUUAGAGCUUACAGACAUAUUUAGCCGAUCCUCGCAUGGACGAAACAAUCCUGUCAUAAGCAGAUGUUCUCUGAUGUACAUAGAAACAGAACAGCAGCUCUUUAACCUGAAUGCAAACCUGGAGGAGAUGAAUGUCGCUCAAGUGGCCAGCGGAUGUUUUGCAUGAUCUCAUGAAGGUGUGUGUGUGUGUGUGUGUGUGUGUGUGUGUGUAGCUGUGCAUGUCUGCUCAAAUAACCCGUCCUGAGAGCAGGACUUUAUAUAUCCAUUUUCACCUCCAAUUAUUUUUUAUUUCAUAAUCACCCUUUGGGUUCUUUAAGUGGAGAGAAACAGUUCACUUCAAAAUUUUGAUUCUUUUCUUUUUAUUAUUAUUAUUGAUCAAGAAUCUGGUUUCACAGUCACCCCGUCUGUCAAAAUCUCAAUUGAAGUCUCACUGCUGUGUGUGUGUGUGUGUGUGUGUGUGUGUGUGUAAUCUCCGCGUCACGUGUGUGCUGCAGAUCUCAUUCCACUGUGUGUUGAGCUUUGAGAGUCAUGAUGAGAAACACUCUUCUUCUAUACGUUUGAUGGAUGUGGCCAUUAUGAAAUGUUCGGGUUCUUCAGAAAUGAAAAGCAGCCUUCUUCUGAGGAUGAUAAAUAACAACAGGAUUUUAUUUUGUGAAACUAAUCACUAUAGUGCAGCUGUUCUUGGAGGAAUCUCCAGAGCUCGGAUCGGUUUGAUGUUUUUUGUUAAUCUUGGUUUUCUUAGACAACAGCUGAUGUGAACCUGACGAGUUGAAUCGCUCGCACCCAAAACCAAAGAGCCGAUCACCUCACAUCACACGAGCAGAUGAAUCAUAUCGUGAUUCUUUUCAUCCGCAUCGGCUGUCCUCUUUCAUCCUGUAACGAUGUUCAAUACUCAACAGAAUCUGAUGAGAUCAGCAAGAAAUCCCACUGAGAGAGUCAAACCUUAUGUGUGCGGUGUAUGAAGUGCCCUUUAAAUGAUGGAAAGCCAUUCCGUUCAGUUCAUUCGCUCGGGAAAUAAGUCAGAAAGAUUAUUUCAUUUGUCUUCUUUCACGAGCUGUUACACGUCGAUACAGCCCUGAGCAUACAUCUCGACGGUUAAUCACGCUUUCAUGGUUGAUUUUGGUCAUUACACAUCACUAAAACCAUCACAAACUAAAGAAAUCUGCUCAUGUAAUGUUAAAACAUUCAGUGUUUCAUGUCAAAGAUGACUUGAGUUCUUCAUGUUCACAGUGGAAUGGGAACUGUACUGAUUUAUGACGCAUGAUGUUUUUACAUUAAACAGUAUCAUUCAAAAACCAGA